AUAUUAAUUUAAUUUUUUAAUUUGAAAGUUACUACUAUGAAGUUGUAUGGUUUUUUUUUAAAUCUUAUAAAUUUAAAUAGGAGCAAUAAAUUAUCAGUAGAAAUAAUCUUGGCCGGACCGCUAGUUUGGAACUUUGGAUAGAAAAAAGAGCGGCGUUCAACAGAGCCUUACACAGUCACACUGCCGCCGGAGCAAUUCCAUUUGCCACCUGAUUCCACUCCAUUACUACGGAAUUCUUCCAUAUUCAUUCUUAAUUAUCUUCUCCCGAAGUCAGAAAUCAUUCCCCAUUAAGAAACGAACUCGUUCCACUCUUCCACAAAAAAAAGUAUUGUAGCAGGUGAAGAAUCAAUACUAGUGUCAUAAAAUGAUGGUUUCCUUGAGCAAUGCGCUAGUCCUUUGUCCUCAGCAACAAUGGGACGUUGCAGCCAGAGUGGCAUUGCGCUCUUCUAAUGGCCGCUUCAGUGAUUGUGGCGCGGUCACGUGCUCGAGUAAAGGGAACAACCGUUUUCCUAUUCGUCUCACGCUCAUGAGUUCGAAAAGACAGGCGAGGGCUGCUGCAGAAGGGUUGUGGGAAGACCCCGACAAUGGGAGUGAUGACAGUGAGUUCGAGGAUGAUUACGAGGAAGAAGAAGAAGACAAGGAAGCAGAGGAGGAUUAUAGGAGUGAUUGGGAGAACAAUGGGAAUGAUAAGGGUGUUGUUAGCAAUGCUGAAGCAUUGUCUAUGAAACAGUACGAGGAAAGUCUUGUUAGAGAUGUUGAGCACAUGUUGAGGCCGGAGGAAAUAGCAAUUUUGGAGCAGAACAAAACUCCUAACCUAGAUAUAUUGUCAACGGAGAAAUGGAAGCCUUUCCAUACCUUUGCUCUAGCUGGACAGAUAAAAUUUAUGGAUGGUCUCCUCGAGAAUGGAUAUGAUAUCGAGCUAGUUGAUAAGGGUGGGUCGACUGCGCUGCAUCUGGCAGUCAUUGGAAAGAGAGAGGCCGUCAUUAGUCAUCUCUUGAGGAAAGGAGCAAAUCCUGAAGCACGAGAUCAGGACGGUGUUACUCCCCUCCAUUAUGCUGUUCAAGUAGGGGCGAUGCAAACUGUGAAACUGUUGAUGAAGUACAAGGUUGAUGUGAACGUCGCUGAUAACGAAGGAUGGACACCAUUGCAUGUGGCAAUGCAGACGAGAAACAGAUACAUAGCGAAGAUCUUGUUAGUUAAUGGCGCUGACAUAAACAGGAGGAACAAGGAUGGGAGUACGCCCCUUGAUAUUAGCUUAUGUUAUGGCAAAGAGUUCAAGACGUAUGAUCUUGCCAAAAUGUUGAAACAAGUUGCUGGUAGCAGAAGCUUCUAACAUCUCGAUUUAGGCAGAAUUGGAGUGUGAAAGAUGGGAGACAUGAUGUUGCAGAGUUCCCUCUUAUGUUGCUGUCUCAUUCAUGGGAUUAAUCUUUCAUAUGCUAAUGAAGAAAAUGUAUUAUAGGAUGUGAUUUUGUUGUUUUCUUUCGUUUGAUCUGUCGUUUAACCCCCAAACUAAGGCUGUAACUAAAUCAAGCCAUUCGUGAGCUAUUUAAAAUUCAACCCAGAAAAAAAGUCUAUUCAAAACUCGAAUGUUUAGUUAACGAGCUCUCGAGCCUCGAACCAGGCUCGACAUCAACCAGCCCGUGGGUGUUUGGCUUGGUCAACUCAUUUAUUACAGCCUUCGGUUGAAUUUAAAUUGUUUUAUAAUUUCA